UGAUAACUUCCCUCUUCCCCCCUUUCCUAACUGCAUUCUAACUGCUAAAGAUUCAAAAACGUGUAAGACUGUGACUGGUUUAUACUACUGACUGUUUGACUAAUCAAUAUUUAAUGUGGUUUUCAUAGGAUAUGUAACAUGACACUGAUAUUCUGGACAGUUUAUCCUAGGAGCCCCUGUGCAGUUAUCUUGCUGAAGUAAUGCCAAUAGAAAGUGGAAGUUGUGCAGCUGCUCGCCAGGCCAAGCAGAAACGAAAAUCCCACAGUCUGUCAAUUCGAAGAACCAACAGUUCUGAGCAAGAACGGGCAGGACUGCAGAGAGACAUGUUGGAAGGGCAGGAUUCUAAACUGCCUUCUGCUGUUCGGAAUACACUUCUUGAACUUUUUGGGCAAAUAGAGCGCGAGUUUGAAAACCUCUAUAUUGAAAAUUUGGAACUACGCAGAGAGAUUGAGACGCUUAAUGAGCGUUUAGCAGCAGAAGGACAGACAAUUGAUGGAGCUGAACUAAGCAAAGGACAACUGAAAACAAAAGCCAGUCAUAGUACCAGUCAGCUUUCUCAGAAGUUAAAGACAACUUACAAAGCAUCUACUAGCAAGAUUGUAUCGAGUUUUAAAACUACAACAUCAAGGGCCAUCUGUCAGCUGGUGAAGGAGUAUGUUGGCCACAGGGAUGGUAUUUGGGAUGUCAGUGUCGCAAAAACUCAACCAGUGGUUUUGGGGACUGCGUCUGCAGAUCACACUGCGUUGCUGUGGAGCAUAGAAACAGGAAAGUGCCUUGUCAAGUACGUGGGGCACGUCGGUUCAGUAAAUUCAAUAAAGUUUCAUCCAACUGAGCAAGUGGCUCUUACAGCAUCUGGAGACCAGACAGCUCACAUCUGGAGAUACAUAGUGCAAUUGCCUACACCUCAGCCAACUGCAGACUGCAAUCAGGUGUCAGGAGAAGAUGAAAUUGAGUUCUCGGAUAAAGAUGAACCUGAGGGAGACGGAGACGGUUCUAGUGACUGUCCCACUGUCAGAGUCCCGCUCACUUCCCUCAAAAGCCAUCAAGGGGUGGUCAUAGCAGCUGACUGGCUCGUUGGGGGGAAACAAGCUGUGACGGCUUCCUGGGACAGGACAGCCAAUCUGUACGAUGUAGAGACCUCUGAACUGGUCCAUUCUCUCACAGGGCAUGACCAAGAGCUAACACAUUGUUGUACACAUCCCACCCAGCGUCUUGUGGUGACAUCAUCUCGUGAUACAACCUUCCGUCUGUGGGAUUUCCGAGAUCCUUCUAUCCAUUCUGUGAAUGUCUUUCAGGGCCACACAGACACUGUAACAUCAGCAGUUUUCACCGUGGGAGACAAUGUUGUUUCAGGAAGUGAUGACCGUACUGUAAAAGUUUGGGACUUGAAGAACAUGAGGUCUCCUAUUGCAACUAUCCGUACAGACUCUGCAGUCAACAGGAUUAACGUAUGUGUUGGCCAAAGGAUCAUUGCCCUUCCACACGACAACCGCCAAGUGAGGCUGUUCGACAUGUCGGGCGUGCGGUUAGCGCGCCUGCCUCGCAGCAACAGACAGGGCCACAGAAGAAUGGUGUGCUGCUCCGCGUGGAGUGAGGACCAUCCAAUAUGCAACCUGUUUACGUGUGGGUUCGAUCGUCAGGCUAUUGGCUGGAACAUCAACAUCCCCGCUUUGUUACAAGAAAAAUGAAAUGCUGGAAGUAUUUUUGCAGUUUAUGUUGCCAUGGACUUUUCCACUUCUGCAGACUUUUCUGAAUACUGGUCUGCUCUGGCUGUAAAAGCUCAUCCUUAAGUGGAGAAUUUUGCAAAUGUUCUUGUUACCACAUUGUGCACAGUUUGCAUGAGUUGUACAGAAAAUGUGACUUUUUUUAAAUAUUUUGUCUUGUGUAUGAACUUUUAUAUUUUGGCAUCCACUGGUCAAUAAGUUCACUGUUGCAUAGAGCACAUAAAUGUUCAUAAGUUAUUUAGCAUUUAUUAGAUAAAACAGUAGGGCAUUAAAUUUGUGACAUGAAUGUGAAAGUUACGUAGUUAUUGUAGAGAUUAUAUAGCAGUCUGUUACAUUUUUCAUCACUUUACAUAUCUGCCUUGUUAAAAAGAAUUUGCAGGGCUGAAACUUUGAAAUGAAGUGUGAAUUUCAUUAGUUGUUUGAUUGUAAACAUUUUUUGGUUUGCAUCUGUUUGGAAUUCUUUUUAGUGCUGCAGUAUUGAGCAACUUAACUCCAUUUUUAUUCUAGUUACUGGAUAAAUACUAGAUUGAGAAGGAAAAUACAAGCAACUUACGUAGAGAGUAUGGAAUGCCACGUUAAUUCAGGAUGCUUUUUGUACUUUCGCAAACAAGAAAUUUUCAUUCUGCCCUUAUAUAAAGCUGAUUCUAAUCUUAUGGCAUUUCACACUAGCAAAAAUUCCGAAUAUCAUAGUUCUUAUCACGGAAAUUGUCAAGCAAAUUUUGAAGCACUUUAGUUUAUAGCUAUUGUUAUAAACCAUUUAUGAAAGUUUGACUUUAGCAGUGAAUGUGAGUUGACCUUUAAAAGAAGGAUUUGCUUCUUUAUGGUGGUCUACCAAGAAAUGAAAUCAUGGGGUAUUUUUUUUUGCUGUUUUUGUUUAUUUUUAUAUACCUACAGUGAGCAUUUUUUGAACUGUGCUCACUUCCCUGAUUUUUAUUUUGAGCCAGCAAUACAAAGUAAAUGAGUACUACCUCAGAAAUGAAUGUUAGUCAAGAUGCAUUGAAUCUCUAUAGCCUAGAAAGAAAGCACUUUUGGUCUCUGGCAGAAGUACUGUCUCUAACAUGAGAGGAAAGACAAUCAUACUAAAUGUGAUCUUUAAGAUAAUUAACACUUAAAGCUAAUGGAGCAAUACGAUAAGUAAACAUCAUCUGUCACCUUUGUGUUCCCAGCCGUGGCUAGGGCUGCUGCAGUCCCUGUUCUGAACCAAAAGGGGAAUAAUUAUGUAGGUUUCCCUUCCUUCUCCCAAAUGAUAUUACUCUGGUUUUUGCUCCUCACUGUGUUUUAGGCUGUUUUGCACUGGCAGCAUGGUGUUAUACCACAGCUGUUGAUGGUAUAAGUAAAUGCAAGUGGCAGCUGACAUCUUCUGCAAGAACAGAAAGACUGCUCAGACAGACACCUCCUUUUGCCCAAAGGGAGAUACUGCCCUAACUGUCUGACAUAUCACAGGAUAAGAUAAAGGGUUAGAGUAAUCCAAGGGUGUGCUCUAAUAAUAGGAUUCAUGGAGUUUAAUACCGUCAGAUAAAAAGUAUUAUGGAUGCGUAAUCAUAUUCUUCUUGCUGUGUGAAGCUCCAGUUGUGCUCAGGUCCUCUGCCCCAGUGCUCAUAGUGACCGUGAGGCUGUUGGGUGAACUGGUCCUCUGAGUAACUGGUGUGUAAAGGUAAGGAGGGGAAUGGGAGAGCGGAUUGAGUAACUGGGAGGAAAAAGGGAGCCCAAAAGUGUUUUGGAGCAUAAGUCUGAGAGAGAGAGAGAGGACCGAGGAAUUUAAUAGAGAGUGUGUGUGGUAUCUUCAUAGCACAGAUUGUCAUAGUACUGUGAUCUUAAAUCCCAUUUUUGUUUUGAAGGCAGAAGAUAGAUAAAAAUCUGAUAUUUCACAAUUGUUUCAGUACCAAAACUAGUGAGGGUGGGGAAAGCAACUGUAGACUUGAUUCUGGUUAUCAGCAUACCUAAAGAUUGCUGUUUAUUUUCACUUUUUUUUAACAAAACGGUUAAAAACCGUUUAACAUUGGGCUGCAGGUUUUAUUCUUUAGGAGAAAAAGGCUCACUUUUAGUAUUUGAAAAAAAAAAAAAAUUAGUGCAGGUUGUUGCCAUUUAAAAACGAGAGAAGUGUCUUCAGCCAGGAGAAGCAGUGUCUUCAGGGUGGCCUGUGCCCUGCAUCUUGAGGAAAGAUCAACCCCUUGGCUAUCUGGGGUGGGGAAAGGGUCACUGGUUUUGGUCCUGCUACACUAAAUUCUUGAGCUGCUCAAAUACCUGUGUCACACAGGACCCCUAGACUCUAUGCAGUUUAAUCAUUUUGCUGCAGACCUUUUGUAUCACGAGAGGGACCAAUCUCUGGCACCAGGAAUGGCUUUCACUUUGAGGGGGUAAAAAAUAUCAGUGAAGGUGCUAGAGCCACGUUCUUAUGUGCAGGCUAAUACUUAAUCAGCUAAAUACUAAAAUAUCUCUUAGCUUAACUUUAUAGACUGUAUGGAAGUUUGAACUGAGGCCAUCAGUCCCCCCGAGGCAGAUCACACGUGAGCUGUGAUAGCGAACGAUGUUACAUUGGCUAAGCACGUGGAAAACAUUUCAUGGCUUUGAAUGCUCUAAAGAGAGCUCUUCAGCA